AUGGGGUCCUCGACGCGCGAGCGGUCUGCAUGCGCUACGCGGACACGAGCUGCUGCUUUCGCGGCAUCAUAUGUGGUUGUGUUUCUUGUUGGUUUUAGUGCAAAUCACCCCCCUAACAUAAUACAUGUCGCAUACUCCGAGUACUUCGGAGCGCAAAUGCCGCAAGAAGGAUCGUUGUGGGCAUCGCUGUCUUCUCCUUUUCCCAAGCCGCGUGGCCCCAAGGUGGCACACAGGAGCGCCACGUUUGAGGUAGAGGCCCUGGGGGAGUGGCGGACGUCCACGUUGAAUUCGUUCGGGGCAGGAUCAGGGGCAAAUUUAUGUGUUAGCAGCAAUGAAUCAUUCAAGGCUGACUGCUUAUCCAAGAACGCAGCCGUAUCUGCGAAACUUCGCGAAUCAGGGCCAUUGACAAGGACAGCCUCUGGCUACAAUUUUGGUGAUGUUGUGAUGAUACUGGACAACAGAAUUGUGUCUGUGAGUACGGUGUCCAUGGGCUACGAGAGAUUGUACCAGUCGGCCAGAUUGCGCUCUUGUCAGGUCUUCUUUGGGGUUUCCAACCAGCAGGACCCUGCCGAUGCAUUUGUGAUCAUGGACAUGCUCGGGAGGGUUCAGCCCGAUCUCGUUAUAGAGUUGGGCACAGCAGGUGGCGGCAGUGCGUUCUUCUAUGCUCGUAUCAUGCGCGAGUAUAACCCCAGCGCCAGGAUUCUCAUUCGAGAGACCCAGCAAGCGGACCUGGAGCAGUGCCGCUGA